CCAGAUGUGCCGUGCGCUGCCCAAGAGGCCCCCUCGCGCUUCUCUGGCCUAGGUCCCUCUGCUGCGCACCUCCACACCAACACGGCGCCUGCCGCAGAGCGGGGCUGAGAUCACGCCGCAGAGGUCCACCAAGCGGGCUGCGUCCCGUCGCUGCGCGAUGCAGCGCUCUGCCAUGGGCGCGCAUGCCUUUCCCUCGGCGCCCAACGCCUCGCUCGAGCUGUGCCACACCUGCCGCACCAACCACGCGCUGCACAUGGGCCUGCUCGCAGCCUACUAUCCCGCCGCGUGCAGUGCGGCCGAGGAGCAGGCGCUCGAUGCGGCGCUGCCAGCGUACAAGGCCGGCCUCGAGGCGCGCUAUCCGCUCCUCUGCGAUGCGUGUCGCCCAAGCGUCGAGCAGACGAUCCAUCGCCGCGAUCGCAUGUCGCGCGCUUCGGCCAUGGAGGGCUGGCUGCAGCGCAGCAGGGCUGCUGUAGCGCCGGUGCAGGUGGUGCGUCCGAUGAGCGCUGCUAUUUGGGCACUUCGAGGCGCGCUUUGGGCAGUCAGCUUCGUUGCCGGCCUCGUGCUGGCCGCUGAUGGUGAGUGCUGCCGCUGCAAGAGAGAGGAUAUUGGGCUUGAGGUGUGCAGCGCGCAAGCACGAGGCGUCCGAGGCUGUCUGGAGCCGACCGCACUCGUCGCUCCUGCUCACGCCGUGUCCCUCACAGCGGCCGCUGAGCCUUCGCUCCUCAGCCAGCGUGCGAGCCGCUCAGCCGCGCAGGCUGUCCUGCUCAGCCUGCCCCUAGCGUUGCUCUGGAACUUCUGGAACCCGCUCUGGCUACACGCCGCAAGCGCUCGCGUGCGUGUGGGAGGCGACCGCGUGCGGCUGGACGGCACGGCAUGGUGGCUUGUGAGUCUUGCGCGUGCCAGCUCGGACGUGCCCUCGGCUCAUCAGGCUGCCCUUUCCAGCGCGCACAGUUUGCGAUCCUGAUCGCUCGUGCCGC